AUGGUGUUACAGGACAACUACAGAAUUUCUGACUUUAGAAGGCGGUUCGUUCUUUUGAGUUCCUUCGCAAUCUCUGUGGUCUCCGUUCUCAGCACCUGCUGGAUCACUUCUACUCUUGGAGAAUCAGGCAUGGAGCUGAGGCUGGUGUCUGGAGAAAAUAACUGUUCUGGGCGAGUGGAGGUGAAAUUCCAGGAGCAGUGGGGAACAGUGUGCAGUAACGACUGGGGCAAGGAAGAGGCCUCCGUAAUUUGUAGGCAGCUGGGAUGUCCAACUGAGAUCCAAGCCACUGGCUGGAAUAAUUCCACUCUAGCCUCUGGACCCAUUUGGAUGGAUCAUGUUUCGUGUCGGGGAAAUGAGUCCGCUCUCUGGGACUGCAAACACGAUGGAUGGGGAAAACAUACAUGCUCUCACCAACAGGACGCCGGAAUAACAUGCUCAGAUGGAGCCAACGUGGAGAUGAGACUAACAAAUGGAGGCAACCAAUGUACUGGAAGGAUAGAGGUCAAAUUCCAAGGAAAGUGGGGAACAGUGUGUGACGACAGUUUCACCUUACAACAUGCUUCUGUGGUUUGUAAACAACUUGAGUGUGGAGCUGCUAUCAGUUACUCAGGUUCAGCUCAUUUUGGAGAAGGUUCCGGACCAAUCUGGUUUGAUGACCUUGAAUGCCUGGGAAAUGAGUCAGCUCUCUGGAAAUGCAACCAUCAAGGAUGGGGGAAGCAUAACUGCCGUCACUCUGAAGACGUUGGAGUAGUCUGUCUAAAAGGAGCAGAUCUGGACCUGAGACUGGUAGAUGGUGUCAACAAUUGUUCCGGGAGAUUAGAAGUAAAAUUCCAAGGAGAAUGGGGAACAGUGUGUGAUGACCGCUGGGAUGGUACUGAUGCUGCUGUGACAUGUAAGCAUCUGGGAUGUCCAACUGCGCUCACAGCCACUGGUCGAGUUAACGCCAGUGAGGGAACAGGAAAUAUCUGGCUUGACAACGUUUCCUGCGAAGGACACGAGUCUGAGCUCUGGAUGUGUGGACAUCAUGAAUGGGGCAAGCAUUACUGCCAACAUCAUGAAGAUGCUGGUGUGACAUGCUCUGAUGGAUCAGAUGUGGAACUGAGGCUGAUAGGUGGAGGCAGCCGCUGUGCGGGGACAGUGGAGGUGGAAAUUCAGAAACUGUUAGGGAGAGUGUGUGACAAAACCUGGGAACUGAGACACGCUGAUGUGCUUUGCAGGCAGCUGCGAUGUGGAUCUGCACUCAGAACCUCCUACCAAGUUUAUUCCAAAAUCCAGGCAAUGAACAUGUGGAUGUUCCUUAGCACCUGUGAGGGCAAUGAAACUUCUCUUUGGAACUGCAAGGACUGGCAGUGGGGGGGACUGCCCUGUGAUCACUAUAAAGAUGCCCAAGUUACCUGCUCAGCCCACAGGGAAGCCAGACUGGUUGGAGGUGACAUUCCCUGCUCUGGUCGUGUGGAAGUGAAACACGGGGAUGACUGGGGCACCGUGUGUGACUCUGACUUCUCUCUGGAAGCUGCCAACGUGCUGUGCAGGGAAUUGCGGUGUGGCACGGCCAUCUCUAUUCUCGGGGGAGCCCACUUUGGAGAAGGAAACGGACGUAUCUGGUCUGAAGAAUUCCAGUGUGAGGGCGACGAGACCCAUCUUUCCCUCUGCCCCGUAGCCCCUCGCCCGAAUGGAAUCUGUAGCCACAGCCGGGACGUUGGAGUGGUCUGCUCAAGAUAUACUGAAGUCCGCUUGGUGAGUGGCAAAUCCCGAUGCGAGGGACAAGUGGAACUCAAGACCCUGGGGACAUGGAGACCCCUCUGCAGCUCUCAAUGGGACAUGGAAGAUGCCCACGUGUUGUGCCAGCAGCUGAAAUGUGGGGUUGCCCUUUCCAUCCCCGGAGGGUUGCAUUUUGGGAAAAGCAGGGGUCCCUUCUGGAGACACCGGUUCCACUGCACUGGCAUUGAACAGUCCCUGGGGGAUUGUCCGGUCGUAGCCCUGGGCGCACCGCUCUGCUCCUCGGGGCAAGUGUCCUCUGUGAUUUGCUCAGGAAAUGAGAGUCACACGUUACCCCCCUGCAAUUCCUCUUCACCCCCAACAAGCUCUCCCGUGUCAGAAGAAAGAUCCAGUGCCUGCGUAGGGAGCGGCCAACUCCGCCUGGUCAAUGAAAGCGGUCGCUGUGCAGGGAGGAUAGAGGUCUACCACGACGGGUCCUGGGGAACCAUCUGCGAUGACAGCUGGGACCUGAGGGAUGCCCAUGUGGUGUGCAGACAGCUGGGCUGUGGAGUGGCCAUUAACGCCACGGGUUCUGCCUACUUUGGGGAAGGAACGGGCCCCAUUUGGCUGGAUGAGAUCAACUGUGAUGGCAAAGAGUCUCACAUUUGGCAGUGCCACUCACACGGCUGGGGACGGCACAACUGCAGGCACAAGGAGGAUGCAGGAGUGAUUUGUUCAGAGUUCAUGUCUCUGCGAGUGGCCAGUGAAUCCAGCAGGGACCCCUGUUCCGGGCGCCUGGAAGUUUUUUACAAUGGAGCUUGGGGCAGCAUUGGCAAAAGUGGCAUAUCUGCGACCACUGUGGAGGUGGCCUGCCAGCAGCUGGGCUGUGGGGACAAUGGGACCCUCAGUCCUGUGUCCUCAGACAACACAGUGCCCCGGCAGAUGUGGGUGGACAAUGUUCAGUGUCCCAAAGGACCCAACACAUUAUGGCAGUGCCCCUCGUCUCCAUGGAAGCAGAGACCAGCCACGCCGGAAGAGGAGACCUGGAUCACGUGUCACAGCAAGAUCAGACUUCAAGGAGGAAAUAGCACAUGUUCCGGACGGGUAGAGCUCUGGCACCGAGGUUCCUGGGGGACCGUCUGUGAUGACUCCUGGGACAUCCAAGAUGCUCACGUGGUGUGUAAGCAGCUGGGAUGUGGCCCAGCUGUGGACGCCCUGAAAGAGGCAGCCUUUGGUCAGGGGACUGGCCCCAUAUGGCGCAGCAGAGUGGAGUGCAGAGGGAAUGAGUCUUCCUUGUGGGAUUGUCCACCAGGAACCUGGGGACACAGUGACUGUGGACACAAGGAAGAUGCUGCAGUGCGGUGCUUGGAAAACACGGGCAGUAAAGGACCACCAAGUGCCACAGGUCACUCGUCCGUUGUUGCAGUUGGAAUCCUUGGGUUUAUUCUCUUGGUGUCCCUUAUAGUACUCCUCUUGUGGGCUCUAAAGCGAAGACAAAGACAGCGACUUACUGUUUUCACAAGAGGAGAGAAUUCUGUCCACCAAGUCCAAUACCGAGAAAUGAACUCUAGUCUGAAGGAAGAUGAUCUGAACCUACUGACUCCCUCAGGGGACUAUUCUGAGGUACACUGAAUACUGAAUACAAAAAUGGAGAUUUAUGAUCCAGUGAGCCUUGACAAUGCCUUGAUAAAGACAGACAAGAAUGAAGCAAGAAUCCACCUCAUUCACUGAAGAUGAUCCAAAGAGCUACACCAUAUCCCUGAGUCUCCUCGUAUACCAAAGACUGCUGCUGAAUUUACAAAAAUUUAAGUAGGGAACAUGACCACUAAAAGUUGUAUAAGAUUCUCCAAGGAUAUUAAGUAAAAAAAGUAUAUAGCUGGUUUGAAUUAUUCUUAACUUUUUGUUGGUGUUUUGACUUUUAUGGAGGGGAGAGGAGGUCUUAAAUAUAUAAUGCCUUUUCAUUUGCACACAAUAUUAUUUUCUACUUUGACCUAAAUAAUAGUUUUCUUCUUAUUUCCAACUGGCCCAUAAACAUGUUUGUCCGGAUUUUUCAUACCAUACAGAUUCCUCUGUCGCUCUUGG